CUCGAGAUCAGUUGUUCCCGAGAACCUCUAGCGUAAGGAACCCCCUUCCGCGUGCUCUCCAUCCGUCCCUGUGACUGACUCGAAUCCUAUCAGCAUUAAAAGGGGUGAUCUAAUUUACGACCAGGCGGUUUUGUAGUGAGUGAUCGUUUCCACGUGUCGAGUGAGUGAAAUCAUUGGCCAAAAAAUAAUAAUAAAUCAUGCAAAUACACAACUGGAAAACAAUACAGGCCUACAACAACAGUCUCAGAACCCACCAACGCUAGCUGUUAAAACAAACACACAAAUUAUCCACACAUCGAUCAAACCGGGUCCUUGCUGAGACACAGAAAUCCAAACCGCUGAUUACCUAAGACAACAAGCCUACAUCUGCCCUCCCCUAAAUAUAUAUACAACCAGACAAGAAGAAGAAGAAAAAAAAAAAGCUGUGAUGGUCGGACCUACAAGAAGAAUGCCACCUGAGAACAUAUGGCAGGGGGGUGGAAGGUAUGCCACCUCGGGCCGCCCUUUGCUCGCACCCCAUAGGUUCCUGGUGCCAGCCCUGCUCCUCGCCCUUGUUCUCCUCACACCCACAGUGGGCGGCAUCAAAUGUUACGAGUGUGUGCACAACAACCAGAGAAUGAAGAGGCACAAUCGCUACGUCUAUCCCUGUUCAGAGUUUGAUGGCUCAGACAGAUACAUCAUGAACUGCCCAGACUCAAAGCUUUGUAUUUACCAGCGGAUAACUUUGCCAUUAUCGAACGCAGAUAACAUAAUUGUAAGAACAAUGGAUGGCUGCACCCCAAACACCACAGACAACGCUCGCUAUGCCGAGGCGGGUCUGGUCAAAGAAGGUUGUAUCCAGCACAAGAGUUUGUACAAGCCCCCCUCAUCAGAGUACUGUUACUGUAGUCACAACCUCUGUAAUGGGGCAACAAUCAACUUGUCUUCUACAGUCGUCCUAGCACUCCUUUUAGCAACAGCACUUCUUAACAAUUACCAAUGGUCAAGCUCUUCCUGAUAUUUCCAAACCCGUAGAUAAUAUAAAAUACUAUCUAAGCUGAGAUCUCCUUUCCAAAAUUUUCUACUACUUGCACCCAAUAUGUGAAGUGCAAAUCUUCUACUUUGAGUAAAUACAGGAUGUUGCUAGUUUAUGCUUAUUUACAGGUUUACAUGGUAAUGCUGUGAAACUUCCUUGGUAAGUCUUUAGGUAGGUGUCAGAUUUUGGGACUAACCGAUUUCAAACGCACUUUGGGAACUGUAAAUACUUGUCUACAAAUCCAAUAAUGUUAAUUUUUAUACCAUGUAAAAAAAAUCCUUAUACAAAUUUAUAGAAUAAUUUUAUAUGAACCAUACCUUCAUAGCUUGGUAAAACUUGGGAGCAGCUGACCCCACAGUUUUUUUUUCCACAAGAUGUAAUAGACUAGUCAAUGUGCAUGGCUGUGCUUUCUUGUGACUUCUUUCAUUAUGAUGUAAGUCAUUUUCAUAUAUUGUAAUAAUGAUGGCUAUGUAAUCAUUUACUUAAAUUUCAAUCAUUACUUAAAGUAACUAUAGUGAAAACCAGAGCACACCGAAGCUCUGGAUAAAGACUGUGAUAUUAUGUUAGCAUUCAUUUGACUGUUGAUAAUGAUAGAUUUCAAUGUUUAAUAUGGAAUAAAUGUUACUGAGGAAUACA